GUCAAAUUAGGUUUCCAUUAACCCUUGAUCAGAGAAAAGGAAGGUGUUUUUUUAAAUGUUACUUAGGUUGAGGUUUAACAGCUUUUCCGGAGGAGAAAUGGAAUCUUCUUGGAGGAUGCUACACUGUCUUCUCUGCCUGCUCUGUGUCUUGGGUGCUACCGUGAAAACGAACAAUUCAUCAGAUCAAAUGAUUCUUUCAUCCAAGCCUAGGAAACUUUUGCCAACUUUAAUCGAUUCCCCAAAUGGGACUCUGUUAGACAUCCACAGUAAAGAAGGAAGUCAUAUUCUCUUUGCAGAAGAUGCUGAAACAUAUUUGACUAGUCCAUGGCUGACUCAGUUUCUCCCUGCAGUCGACAUUCUUGCAUUUGUUCUGGGUCUUCCCUUAAACUUUUUGUCUGUCCUUAUCUUUGUGAUGAAGACAAAGCUUUGGAAGCCAGCUGUGGUGUACAUGCUCAACCUGGCUUCUGCAGAUCUGCUUCUAGUGAGUGUGCUGCCUUUUAAAAUUUCCUAUUUAUUGAGGGGACACAACUGGGUCUUUGGACCCACCAUGUGCCGAUUGCUCACUUCUACUUUCUUCUGCAACAUGUACUGCUCCAUUCUGUUGAUGACGGGGAUCAGCAUGGAUCGUUUCUUGGCUGUGGUUUGCCCCAUGAAGUCUCUUUCCUGGCGCACAGUGAGAUGCGCCUCUGUGGUUUGUUUUACCAUCUGGCUCCUCGCCAUAGCAGGGACGAUACCAUUCCUGGUUUUUGAUCACACUCAUUGGAUACCUCAGCUAAACACUACCACCUGCCUCGAUAUCAUAAACAUUUCUGUUACUGUGAAAUUCUUUAGCCAUUACUCUUUUGCCAUAUCUGUUCUCUUCUUUUUGAUCCCAUUACUAAUCUCUACCGCUUGUUAUAUGUGCAUUAUAAGGCAACUUUCUUUGUCCAGUGUUAUGGUAAAGCCGGGGAGGAAGAGGCGUGCCAUCUUCUUAUCUGGAGCUGUCUUGUGCACCUUCUUUCUUUGUUUUGGCCCAGCCAAUAUCCUGUUGCUGAUGCAACUCUUUUUUCCACAUCAACAGCUCCGUAGCAUCUUUUUUGCCUACACGCUCACCCUUUCCCUGAGUACCCUCAACUGUUGCAUCAACCCCUUAAUCUACUAUUACGCUUCCUCAAAAGGUCAGAGCCAGGUCUGGAGUCUUCUGUGCCACAGAAAGCUGCUUCUGGUUGGAAAAGGGAGUCAAACAAGCAGCAACACUGCACCCUUUCCCAGUGGCUUAGACCAUUCAUUUCACACUUAGUUCUUUAUAGCUGUAUCUAAAUAAUGCAUGGAUUUGUAAUAUCACAAGUGUGAAUAUAAAUUUUCAGUGUCACAUGGGAGCAUUUCCCUAUAUAGCAGGGGUAUCUGCAGCAUGGUCAAAAAAGUCAGGAUGGGGACUGUGACUGCAUAAUUGAAGCCCCACCUUUUUUUUUAUAUGUGUUGCACUUGCAGUUGUGAAUAUGAG